UAUUCAUUUCAUUUUACGUAUAAAAUACAAACUUUCAUUCCGGUAAUUAUAUGUACAUGUAUGAAGGGAAUAUUUAAUGCUUAUAUUUUUAAUAAUUAAACAAAAGAUUUUAUUAAAUUUUUUUUAAAAAAUGUCAAUAAGACGUGGUGCUUUAAUAGUUUUAGAAGGAUGUGAUAGAGCAGGAAAAUCUACUCAGGCGAAAAUGUUAAUAACUGCUUUAAAUAACCUUAAUAUUCCUGUUGAAUUGCAUAGCUUUCCUAAUAGAACAACUACAAUUGGAGAAAUAAUAAAUAAUUUUUUGACUAAAAAAACGGAACUUCCUCCUGAAACAAUACAUUUGUUGUUUUCUGCAAAUCGAUGGGAAUGCAAAGAUGAAAUUUUGAAAACUUUAUAUAAAGGAACUACUCUUAUUAUUGAUAGAUACGCUGCUUCUGGUGCUGCUUAUACAGCAGCUACAACUGGCAAAAAUUUAAAUUGGUGCAGAGAACCUGAUAGUGGACUGCCUUCUCCAGAUUUAGUUAUUUAUCUUUCAAUUUCCAAAAAAUCUCAAAGUUUACGUAGUAAUUGGGGAGAUGAACGUUUUGAAAAUGUUGAAUUUCAAGAACUUGUUGCUUCUAAUUAUGAAAAAUUAAUAGAUAAAACAUGGUAUGUAAUUAAUGCAGAUGAUGAUAAAUCAGUAAUACAUUCUCAAAUAUUAGAAAAGGUAAUAGAUACUAUAAAGAAUGUUAAACAUUCACCUAUAGAAAAAUUAUAUGAGUCUGAUAAAAAUAGUUAGAAUCAAAUAUAAGAAAACUCUAACUCUAAUAUCUUUAAUUUAUUUUAAAUUAAUUAUUUUA